AUGUCUCUGCUCAACGAUCUCAUCAACUUGGACCUUUCCGAAACUACUGAGAAAACCAUUGCUGAAUACAUAUGGAUUGGUGGAUCUGGGAUGGACCUCAGAAGCAAAGCCAGGACUCUCUCUGGACCAGUAACUGAUCCUUCACAGCUUCCCAAGUGGAACUAUGAUGGUUCUAGCACAGGUCAAGCCCCUGGUGAGGACAGUGAAGUCAUUCUUUAUCCUCAAGCAAUAUUCCCCGAUCCAUUCAGGAGAGGAAACCACAUACUUGUUAUGUGUGAUACUUACACUCCGGCUGGAGAACCGAUUCCAACGAACAAGAGGUAUAAUGCUGCAAAAACAUUUAGCCAUCCCGAUGUUGUUGAUGAGGAACCUUGGUACGGUAUAGAGCAAGAGUAUACUCUGUUACAAAAAGAUGUCAAAUGGCCACUUGGCUGGGCUGUGGGAGGAUUCCCAGGACCUCAGGGACCAUACUAUUGUGCAAUUGGAGCUGAUAAGGCAUUUGGACGUGAGAUUGUUGAUGCACACUACAAAGCAUGUCUUUAUGCUGGCAUAAACAUUAGUGGCAUCAAUGGAGAAGUCAUGCCUGGCCAGUGGGAAUACCAAGUUGGUCCAUCAGUUGGCAUCGCUGCAGGAGAUGAAGUAUGGGUGUCUCGUUACAUUCUUGAGAGGAUAACAGAGAUUGCCGGGGUGGUUGUCUCUUUUGAUCCCAAGCCUAUUCCGGGUGACUGGAAUGGAGCUGGUGCCCACACCAACUACAGUACCAAGUCCAUGAGAGAGGAUGGAGGUUAUGAAGUUAUUAAAGCCGCCAUUGACAAGCUAGAGUUGAAGCACAAGGAACACAUUGCUGCAUAUGGAGAAGGCAAUGAACGCCGUCUCACAGGAAGGCACGAAACAGCUGACAUCAACACCUUCUUAUGGGGCGUGGCGAAUCGUGGAGCCUCGAUCAGGGUUGGCCGAGACACUGAGAAGGCUGGCAAAGGUUAUUUUGAGGAUAGGAGGCCUGCUUCAAACAUGGAUCCCUAUGUUGUCAGUUCCAUGAUUGCAGAAACAACCAUCCUCUGGAAACCAUAA